AUGCUGAGCUCAGUCUGCGUCUCGUCCUUCCGCGGGCGCCAGGGGGCCAGCAAGCAGCAGCCGGCGCCACCGCCGCAGCCGCCCGAGUCCCCGCCGCCGCUGCCCCCGCCGCCGUCACCGCCGCCGCUGCAGCAACAGCAGUUUGCGCAGCCCGGCUCCGCCGCGUCCCCGGCGGGCCCCCCGGCACCCCGCGGGCCCGGGGGCCGGCGCGCCGAGCCAUGCCCCGGGCUGCCGGCGGCGGCCAUGGGGCGGCACGGCGGCGGCGGUGGCGACAGCGGCAAGAUCGUGAUCAACGUGGGCGGCGUGCGCCAUGAGACGUACCGCUCGACGCUGCGCACCCUGCCGGGGACGCGGCUGGCCGGCCUGACGGAGCCGGAGGCGGCGGCGCGCUUCGACUACGAUCCCGGCGCCGACGAGUUCUUCUUUGACCGGCACCCGGGAGUCUUCGCCUACGUGCUCAACUACUACCGCACAGGCAAGCUGCACUGUCCGGCCGACGUGUGCGGGCCUCUUUUCGAGGAGGAGCUCGGCUUCUGGGGCAUCGACGAGACCGACGUGGAGGCCUGCUGCUGGAUGACCUACCGGCAGCACCGCGACGCCGAAGAGGCGCUCGACUCCUUUGAGGCUCCGGACCCUGCGGGCGCAGCAAACGCCGCCAACGCCGCUGGCGCCCACGACGCGGGUCUGGACGACGAGGCGGGCGCGGGCGGCGGCGGCCUGGACGGCGCGGGCGGCGAGCUCAAGCGCCUUUGCUUCCAGGACGCGGGCGGCGGCGCCGGGGGGCCGCCAGGGGGCGCGGGCGGCGCAGGCGGCACGUGGUGGCGCCGCUGGCAGCCCCGCGUGUGGGCGCUCUUCGAGGACCCCUACUCGUCGCGGGCCGCCAGGUAUGUGGCCUUCGCCUCCCUCUUCUUCAUUCUCAUCUCCAUAACCACCUUCUGCCUGGAGACCCACGAAGGCUUCAUCCACAUCAGCAACAAGACGGUGACGCAGGCCUCCCCCAUCCCGGGGGCUCCCCCGGAGAACAUCACCAACGUGGAGGUGGAGACGGAGCCCUUCCUGACGUACGUGGAGGGCGUGUGCGUGGUCUGGUUCACCUUCGAGUUCCUCAUGCGCAUCACCUUCUGCCCGGACAAGGUGGAAUUUCUCAAGAGCAGCCUCAACAUCAUCGACUGCGUGGCCAUCUUGCCCUUCUAUCUCGAGGUGGGCCUCUCGGGCCUCAGCUCCAAGGCUGCCAAAGACGUGCUGGGCUUCCUGAGGGUCGUCCGCUUCGUCCGAAUCCUGCGCAUCUUCAAGCUCACGCGCCAUUUUGUGGGGCUGCGCGUGCUGGGCCACACGCUCCGCGCCAGCACCAACGAGUUCCUGCUGCUCAUCAUCUUCCUGGCGCUGGGCGUGCUCAUCUUCGCCACCAUGAUCUACUACGCGGAGCGCAUCGGCGCCGACCCCGACGACAUCCUGGGCUCCAACCACACCUACUUCAAGAACAUCCCCAUCGGCUUCUGGUGGGCCGUGGUCACCAUGACGACCCUGGGCUACGGAGACAUGUACCCCAAGACGUGGUCGGGGAUGCUGGUCGGGGCACUGUGCGCCCUGGCGGGGGUGCUCACCAUCGCCAUGCCCGUGCCCGUCAUCGUCAACAACUUUGGCAUGUACUAUUCGCUGGCCAUGGCCAAACAGAAGCUGCCCAAGAAGAAGAACAAACACAUCCCCCGGCCCCCGCAGCCCGGCUCCCCCAACUACUGCAAGCCCGACCCCCCUCCCCCGCCGCCCCCGCACCACCCCCACCACGGCAGCGGCGGUAUCAGCCCUCCGCCACCCAUCACCCCGCCCUCCGUGGGGGUGACUGUGGCCGGGGCCUACCCAGCGGGCCCCCACACGCACCCCGGGCUGCUCAGGGGGGGCGCGGGGGGGCUCGGGAUCAUGGGGCUGCCUCCUCUGCCGGCCCCCGGGGAGCCUUGCCCGUUGGCUCAGGAGGAAGUAAUUGAGAUCAACCGCGCAGAUCCCCGCCCCAAUGGGGACCCUGCAGCAGCUGCGCUUGCCCACGAGGACUGCCCAGCCAUCGACCAGCCCGCCAUGUCCCCGGAAGACAAGAGCCCCAUCACCCCUGGCAGCCGUGGCCGCUAUAGCCGGGACCGAGCCUGCUUCCUCCUCACCGACUACGCUCCUUCCCCUGAUGGCUCCAUCCGGAAAGCCACCGGUGCUCCCCCACUGCCCCCCCAGACUGGCGUAAGCCAGGCCCCCCAAGCUUCUUGCCCGACCUCAACGCCAACGCCGCAGCCUGGAUAUCCCCCUAGCGGACGAACCCCUUCCCCCCGGGCUCUUGUCACCGCCUGAGACCUCGCGAGACCCUCGGUCCCCCCCUGCCCUUUCCCCCCAGGUUACGAGAAAUCCCGCAGCCUGAGCAGCAUCGCGGGCCUGAGCGGGGUGUCCCUGCGCCUCGCGCCCCUUGCCACUCCCCCUGGCUCUCCCAGGGCCGCCCGCCGCGCUCCCCCAACCCUGCCCUCCAUCCUCUAACGCUCCCCUCCCCCCCGUGGGGGGACUGGGGGUGACAGGGAAGAAGGUCAAAGGAGUGGGGGGUGGGGGAAAGGGUUUUUUAAAAAAAUCAAAAAGUCAUUAAUAAUAUGCAACCGAGACGACGACGCCAGCAGACACCCCCGGACCCCUCACCCCCACCUGGGCCCCCAGGAUGGAGGGGGAGGAGCCAAACUCCAGCCCCCCCCCCCCACCUCUCCCCCUUCCUCUCCCCCCAAUAAAGCCUUCUCAGGUCUCCAUGAGCCAUAGGACAUCCCGCUCCCAUAAACUCCUGUAAAUACGUCCAAAUUAUGCCAGUUACAUUUUGGGGCGCCUCUCCGCUAGUCUGCAUGCCUCCCUCAACCCGGAUCCCUCCUCCCCCCUUCCAGCUCCACCUCAGCAAUAAGCCGCCAGGGGCUGCAUGCCGCGCGAUUGAGGGAAGGGGAAGUCUGGGAAGGGGGCGGGGCCUCAAGGGGGUCCGGCCGGCUUUGCAGCCGCGGGAGGGUCUCCUGGCCUCCCACCGUUCGCCCCGGGAGGACAGCCCAUCACAUUGAUGUAAAGAGUAAUACGGUAGCAACAAUGUGAGGGAAGGAGGAACAGCCACCCAGGCCCCCAAACGAGCUGAGCUCAGAGGGCGAAAGCAGAGGCCUGGGGAGUGGGCUGUGGACAGCUUCUCCCUCAGCCUUUAGGAAGAUCCCUCUGGUGAACGUGACCCUUUCAUCCCUCUCCAUCCCCGCCACGGGGUCUGCUCGCCUCUCUUCUUGCUGCAUGGACCCAGACCUCCCAUCUCGGAAUUUCUGGGAUGAUCUGGCCCUAGCACACAAAAUCCCCCAACGCCCCCUCCAGGUUACCAGGACACGAGACCUGCACCCACAGUUCCCGAGACCCACUCUGGCACCCCGCAUCCCCUAAAUCCCCACCGGGUCCUGGGACUUAACUUCUGCGUGCAGAUGCUGUCCCCCGCCCCACCCCACCCAAUCCCUGGACCGCAUCCCAGCGGCUCAAACCUCCAAGACUUGACCCGGCCCUUCAGCUCACUUUCAGCCUUUGGGAUGCUCCAGAUCCUUCCCACACUCGGGCAUUUCUUGGACACCCCCAAAUCCUCAGGCCUCCCCCCCCCCCCGAUAAUCCCCAAAUCUCUAACAUCUGACAUCCACCUCAGGUUCUCCUGAUACCAGAAUUUCCAAGACAGGCUCAACCUGUCUACAAUUCCAGGGAACCAGACCUCCCCCACCCCCAACCUUGGGCAUCCCCUUUCGUAUGCCUCGCCCUGCCUCUUCCAAGAGCCCCUUUCCUUAAAUGGUGCCCCAAAGGGACCCUCUUCAUGGCCAUCAGUGUUUCCCAGAGAGUUGUAUUUGUACCCCUGGUGAUGUGCUAAGGUUUUAGGCAGUGCAAGGACGCUUAAUCUAAAAAGUUUUGUCUUUCCUGGCAUGUUGCUCACAAGCCGGUAAGUCCAGAUACUGCUGCUUGGCCCAGACACUGUUGAUUCAAGGUCGAGUGUUUCCACUUAAAGCAGAGGAUGUGCCCGCUCGAAGGGACACUGGACUAGCAGAAGCUCGGGAAACGACGACAUACCUUACCGGGGCUGGGAUCCCAGCCCACCCUUCCCCGGCAUUCCGCGUCCUGCCACGCUCGCGGGUGGAAAAUCAUUUCUCAUAUCCCAUCCUGGCUCAAGGAUGCGCUACCUCCCCCAAGCCCAGAGACCACACCGGUCCCAGAAUCCUUAGAGGGGACCCCUCCCCUUUUGGAGCUGGAGGCCCACGGAACUAGCAACCUCCUUCCCUCUGCUCCCACGGCCUCAGGAACCCCCCCCCCCCCCCACACACACCCAUCCGAGGGUUGGGGGGUGUCACUGAGCGCGAUUCUUGAUGCAACGAUUCCUAUGCAAGGGGCAUUUUGAGUCCCCCAUCCUUCCCUCGGACCCUAAACCCUGGCGAAUCAGGGGUGAGGGGUGGGGCAGGUUCUGGUGGGAGCGGGGUGGGGCGAGGCAAAGGGCUAGGGGCUCCAGACACCAGGGUAUGGGGGUGGGGACUGAUUAUAUUGCCAAAGGGUUUAACUUCUUUAAAAAAAAAAAAAAACAAAAACAAAAAAACAAAAAAAAAACCCAACA